AUCGAGAUUCAAUCAGUUCAAGUUUGACGCUCGAGAGAACAAAUGGGUACCUUUCGCCCAACGAUUGUCCAACAUGAGCAGAUAUAGCAAUCUAGGCCGUUCCCUGUCAUGGCGGUGAACUCAGGGAUCAUUUGGACGCGUUUGUCCAAGGGCUUUGCAAGCCUUAUAACUGCAAUGAAAUCGACCGAAAGUUCCCCAUACAGCACCUUCCAAUCGCCCGUGAGACUUGCCAGCACUCCCAAACGCAUCAGACCUUGAACUCAUCAUGUCAGCAUCAGCAGACAAGGAUGGUAUCAAACCACCAUCACCAUUCUAUCUCGGUGAUAACUCGAGACGAACAAAGGACAAAUCUCACCAGCACCAUAACUCCACUGCAUCGGUUUCCAACCACUCUCGCCCUUCUACCGCAGGAACUGCCGCAAGUUCCAUCGUCAACCCUUUCUCCCCACCUGCUAGCGUUGUUAGCUUUAGCAUCGAUCCCAUAAGCAGUACCGGGUCGAUGCCUCUUGCACCACCAGGUCAACACGAGCUCUCAGAGCCUAUACCUCGUCAUGGUGUAUCGCUACUUCCUCGAAGCACUUCAUAUUAUGGCAGUCGCCCCAACACUGGAGAUAGCCCCAGUCGGGUGACCUCCGGUAUUCGUCUUCGUGAAACAUUCGCAGCACCCCCAGCUCGUCCGUUGACAGCAGUCUCGACCUCUCCGAGCCUGGCUCCACCAAGCAAGACAAGCCGCAUGCGUUCCACCAUGCUUGAAGAUCCAAGCACAUUGGACAAACCUUGGGUGACAACGAAAGACCCAUAUGCGAGGAUUGCCUAUCUCUUGACUUACUCGGUCAUGUUCCUUGGUAUUGCAGCAUCUGCUGUGCGCUGUUACUUUGGUUACAAGAGCGUACCGUUGAUCAACGGUAAUUUGUGCAUGGUGUUGGAUGAAGAUUUCUCUUCUGACACCGACACAACUUUCGGAGCCAACGGAAAUUGGUUCCGUGAAGUGCAGCUAGGCGGUUUUGGGAACGGCGAGUUUGAGAUGACGACGUCCUCAACAAACAAUUCAUACACGUCCAACGGAUACCUUUACAUAACCCCUACCUUGACAGCAGACCAGAUCGGCUCCGCCAAUAUCCUUAACGGUUAUACAUACAACCUUACCGACUGCACGUACAACGCGACGAACCCGACAACGUCAAACGCUUCGUUUAACGCCGCUGCCUACUACCAGUCUUGCGGUGCAGUAAGCAACAGUUCCACCGGCGCGGUAAUCAACCCAGUACAAAGCGCGAGGAUCACAACCCGCAAGAGUGCAAGCAUCCGAUAUGGAAAAGUUGAGGUACGGGCGAAGGUCCCACGGGGUGACUGGCUCUGGCCCGCAAUUUGGAUGCUUCCUGUGAAUGACACCUACGGACCAUGGCCGAUGAGCGGUGAAAUUGACAUUAUGGAAGCACGCGGAAACGGUCGCACCUACCCCGAUCAGGGUAUCGACUAUGUCCGCGGAUCACUCAACUGGGGACCCCUGUCGUUCUUGAACGCCGUGUCCAAGACUUUCGGCUGGUGGACACAGCGACGCACAGACUAUGGGGAAGACUUCCACACCUAUACGCUGGAGUGGACGGAGAGUUUCCUCCGCAUUUACGUUGACACCCGUUUGCACUAUAUGCUUGAGCUUUCGUUCAACGAGCCCUUCUUUACACGGGGAGACUUCCCCUCUGUGGUCGAAAACGGAACACAACCCAUUGUUCUGCAGAACCCUUGGGUCAACGGGACCAAUGCAACACCUUUCGACCAACCAUUCUACCUUAUUCUUAAUCUCGCUGUUGGCGGGACUAACGGAUGGUUCCCCGAUAACGCAGGCAGCAAGCCAUGGCUAGAUAACUCGAAAACAGCCAUGCUGCAAUUCACGGAGGCACAGGACACGUGGUAUCCCACCUGGGGUUCAGACGGGGAGAGUAGUUCGUUCAUUGUGGACUACGUUAAAAUGUGGGAGAUUUGUUAGUCGAGCUGCCGACGGAUUCGAUAUUUGCACAUACCUUUUCAUAUUAUAGACUCACUUACCUUGAUCAUGACAUUUGGACCUAGUACUGUGACGUAGUACCUUACUUAUCAUUGUGUCUCCCUCUUAUUGGGUUCUUGUUGAAACAUCCAUUAUAAGCCAGCGCAUGCCCAUACUCAGAUCCCGAAGGAACUUGACAGUCGGUACCUCUUUCAUCAAGAGUUAGCGCCUGGACGAGUGAUAUUUUCAGCAAAGGAAUGAUGCAUCACAGGUAAAAGACAGGUCGAGAACA